CACAAUUUGAAACUGUUAGAACAUCCCGCCGUAGGAAAAGCACUCGAAAUGAAUUUGGUCAUCAUAGCCGCUGUGAUAGCGGUAGCCGGUGCCGCCAAACUCGACCGCACGUACCUUCCACCAGCUUCAGCCAAAACUGCCGGCGGGAACCCUGGGGAACUCCAGACUCCUUUCUCAUCCUUCAACCAAGAAUUAAGUGGCACUUAUAAUGCAAAUUCUGCGAAAGGUGUUGAACAAGCUACUUUUUCAUCCUUCAAUCAAGGAUUAGGUGGCACUCCAAAAACAUCAGCUUCUGCCAAAACUAGUGAUCAGACUUCUUUCUCAUCUUUCAAUCAAGGACUUGGAGGCAUUCCUAAAGGAGGCUUCGAAAAUGAUUUCAAAGGAGUAGUAGUUGAUGCUGCCUCACCUGGCACACGAGCGUCAGGUCACGGUGAGACAGGAUUGGGAGCUCCAAGGAUAGCAUAUGGAUCAACGAACUCCAAAGUAGGAGAUGCGGCAUUCAGAGGCUCUGACGCUGGAUUCCGUCAACAAUUCGGAAAUGGACAGAAUCAAGCUACAACACAGAAUCAAAUCCCUGAUGGACAAACUGCGGGGACCACUUUCAACGCUCAAAGUUUCGCCCAAAAUCCUGGACAAUUUGUGUCGAAUUACCAAAGGUCUCAGGGUUUGAUUACGCGUGACCAAAACGCUAAUACUGUCAGGUUCGAUAGUAACGUUGGUACGGACAGCUUCAGUUAUUCUUUCGAGACUGAUAAUGGGAUUUCUGCUGACGAGUCUGGAGUAGCGACGAAUGGUGUUCAAGCUCAGGGUGGUUUUUCCUAUACUGGUGAUGAUGGCCAGGUUUAUAGUGUGACGUAUACUGCAGAUGAAGGAGGGUACCAACCUAAAGGAGAUCAUCUUCCAACACCUCCUCCUAUUCCUGAGGAGAUUUUGAAGUCUUUAGAACAAAACGCAAGGGAAGAAGCGGCUGGGUUAGUCGAUGAUGGCUCGUACGACGCUCAGAAGUAUAAUGAAGGGGGCGAUUACACGGAUGAUGGUGCCACACACAAUGGCAGACAGCCCGCGUUUGUGAACCGACCUGAAUCUGACGUCACUGCUAGUGGCACGUUCAUCAAUCAAAAUAAUCAGCCUUUUGUCAGACCUGACGGCAAUGGACAAGCAGAACAGUCCGAACAUACAAAUACUGCAAAUACUGGGUCAUCGCAUUCAAAUUUCGGAUCUUCACAUAACAAAUUCGCACAAGCUGCAGCAUCAUCCAAUUCACCUACUGGUUUCGGUCAAGCCAAUCAAGUUAUUCCUAAUAGAUUCCAGCAAAAUAGACCAACUGGAAACACAGAACCUAAAGACUCUGAAAACGCUAACACAUUUGUCAGCCCCACCUUUGAGACUAACUCCCAAACUGGAAUUUCUCAGAAUUUUAUUCAAGGACAAUCUAAACCUCAGCAAGCAUCCUUUGGAAAACCACAAGCAACUUCACAAACCUUCAAUGGAGAGACAACUACAGGAUCUAUCAAUACUAAUAAUGCGUUCGGACAAUCUUCAAACAAUGGCUUUGGUCAAAGGCAUCCAACAAGUUCUAAUGGAAAUACUUUUGGUAACAAUGAGUAUUUACCUCCAGUUAAUGGAAAUAAUAGAAGACCUUCCCAGUCCACGCCUCAAAAACCAAACUCCUUAGAAGCAACUCAAGGUUUCAAUCAAUUUGCUCAAACAUCUUCUACGUCUCAAGCCACAUCACCACCAGUUUUUCCAUCAGGCACGCAGACUAAUAUAGAUACUACUAGACCACAAUUUGGUGCAUCCCAAGGUAAUCAGUUUGCUAGCAACCAAAAACCUGCAGGUUCAGUAACCUCACAAAACUUUGGAAAUUUGCAAUCUAACGGUAAACCAUCGUUUGGUGGAUCUCAAACUUCACCUACUCCAAGCCAUUCAUCUGGCAGUUUUCCAUCCUUCCAACCACUGCAGUCUACUGCCCAGCCUUCAACAGAGUUAACAACUCCGUUUGAGAACACACCUCUUUCACAACAAGGAAACAAUCAGCAAUCAGUAUUUGGAUCGUUUAAUACACAAUCUAGUCAAAAUCGUCCAAUACAAUCUCCUUUCGGAGCUCAGCCCAAUAAAAAUGAUGUGUCUCAGUUUACUUCAACAUCAGCAUCAUCGUUUACCUCAGCAACAUCUUCUAGUGUUCAAGGAUUCAAUUCAAGGCCACAAUCCAAUAUCCAGCCUUCUUCAUUCACCAACCAGAGACCACAAGGUUCUAGCCAAUCAAAUCAACAAAAUAACUUUGCACAAUCUCAGUCACAAAAUAUGUUGACUGAAAACCAGUCCAACGAUGCCCAGUUUGCACCAAGUACUCAAAGACCCAUAUUUAGUCAAAACACCCAAGCCCAGGGUCCUGAUGAUUCGUAUUAUUACAAUCAGCCAUCAAAAUCUUUCAAUACACCGAAUACUCAAGCUCAGGUUUCCAGAUUUCCUAAUACGCCAUUUAAUCAAUUUAAUAGAGUGACCCAGAGGCCUACGUUCUCAUCUCAGAGCAACGGUCAAGGUAGCACUGCUCAAAAUAAUCAGCCCCAAGGAUCAAACAGGUAUCCUCGACCACCUACUCUGUCUUCAGUAGCACCUACUUCCCCUACUCUAGGAAGUACGACGGCAUAUUUCAAUGGAAUAACUCAAGCGUCUGCUUCGGCGUUUACUGGGGCUCCUACACCUUCCUCACAAUUCGGAUCUCAAAGUGCCUUCCCCACUUUUGGUAGAAAACCCGCUCAGCAGACAAGUGGUCAGUUUAGCCAAGCUUCUGCUCAAACAGCCUCAAGUCAGUCAAGUUUUGACAAACAGCCUACAGCGCCACCUCAGUCCUUCUCAAACAUCAACAGGAAUCAAUUCAAGCAACAAAACUCGUUCCAACAGACAACAAACAAUGCUAAUCAGCAACCUGCAAACACUGAUGAUUCACCAGCCGUAACAAGCCAACAAUACAAUGGUGAAAUAUACGAAUACACCAAACCGGCUCAGACUCUGCCCCCUCCAACUGAAGAAGACAAAAAAGCAGGAUUUGGUCAGUUCGGACGUCAACCAACAAAGCCUACACUUUCACAGCAGCAAACGACUCAAGAACCCAGUGAUUCUCAAUCUGGCUCAACCCAAAAUAGACCUCAAUUGCCAGCUCAACAAAAUUUUGGACAAAAGAUACAGACAAGCCAACAGUUCCAAUCCAAUAUUCAAACGAACAGGCCACAAUUUGGUCAGCAAACAACGCCUUCAGGAAACAUAAAUCCUACCCAAGCAUCAUCUUUUACCCAGUCACAGAGUAAUCAAUUUACUGCCCAAGCUAGCGUUAAUGUUAAUAGCCAAUCUGCUCAACAGUUUGGUUCUAGACCUUUCAAAAGUCAGCCUACACACUCAAAUGAACAGAGCAUUCAGCAAUCAGGAUCUCAGGGAGAAAACAGACCAAUUUGCUGCAAACCUUUCGUCCAUGAUAUACAACCUACUCAGUCCAAUCAAUUCUCAAGCCAAAAUCAAUUCGGGGUUUCCGACUUCACAGCCCAAGGUUUUAAGGCUGAUCAACCAUCAGCGCAAAGCGUGGCAGGCAAAGGUGAAGUAUUCGGUGGUCCCAGAAAGCCUCCAAGUUUUGACGAAACUGGAUAUCAUUAUUAAGAGUGCCAUAUGAUAAGUAUUAGUGUAAUAUGGCAUGUUGUCAAAAUUAAUAUAAAUAGGUACUGUAAGUGAUUAUAAUUUAAAAUUAUUUUGUACCAAUUGAAAGUAUGAAAACAUAUGACGGAGUUGUAAUAAAUUAUUGUAAAUAAAUAAAAGAUUGGACAUUUUUUUUUUCA